GUGUAAUGUGUGCGGGAAGGAGUUUUUUGAGAAGGCUUUGUUCAGGCGACACGUGAAGAAGGCCACGCACGGUAAGAAGGGCCGAGUGAAGCAGAACCUGGAGAGGCAGUGUGAACACUGUGGCAGGAAGUUCACUCAGCUCCGAGAGUACCGACGCCACGUCAACAACCACCAGGGGGUGAAGCCUUUUGAAUGUCUGACCUGCGGCGUCGCCUGGGCUGACGCUCGCUCCCUCAAACGCCACGUCCGAACUCACACGGGCGAGCGGCCGUACGUGUGCCCCUUGUGCCAGGAAGCCCACAUCGAUGCUCGGACACUACGCAAGCACAUGGCUAAAUACCACGCAGAGAACCUGCCCGGCAAGAUCAUGCUGGAGAAGGACACCCUGCAGUUUCACAACCAGGGCACCCAGGUGGAGCACGCCGUCAGCAUCCUGGCGUCUGACCUGCCCCCCGAGCUCAGGCCCGCCCAGCAGACGGCCACGGAGGAGCUGGAGACGGUGCUGAUCACGGAGGAGACGGUGGAGGCGGUGGAAGCCGUCCAGGCAGUGAGCGACAGCUCGGCGACGACGCUGUCGAAUCAGAGCAUCAUGCAGGUCGUGAACUACGUUCUGGCCCAGCAGGCCCUUACUGGGGGGAAGAACGAGGACACGCCUGAGGUGGUGGAGGUAGAGGUGGAGGUGGCUCAUGUGGACGAGGUACCUGAGGUCGAGUAAUACUGAGCCCGAGACAGAUUACAGCCGACUCGGUCUGUAUAAAUGUGAACACGUUUCGCAUGAAACACAAAUGCAUAUUUUCCUAAAAUGUACAUAAACGUGUUUUCAGCUGAUAUGUUGAUGUUCCCACAUUUUUAUUUUCUGUAAAUAAACUGAAGCAAAAAGGCUUGAUUAAUAUUAAUGUGUAUAAAAUGUGGCACUCAGGAA